AUGUCCGGUGUCAAUAAGGAAAAUUAUCAAGGUGUUCCUGGGACUAGAAGCUUAAAAAAUCAGACAUUGACUGCAACGAAAAGGUCUGUGUUGAACAAUGUCACAAAUACCACAGCGUCUCAGGAUUCUUCUGGUGUGAAUGCUAACGGCAGUAAUUCCGGAUAUACAAAUUCUUUCGGAAAGGUGUUGCGCCAGGCCAAGUCCAAGCUGCAGUCUGCCAGAGUAGCAGGUUCUUUGAUUCCUCAGACGAAGAGGGAAAGAACGUUGGGAAGCAUUUCUAGUCAGGAUAAUAAGGAGAACAUUGCGCCACCAUGUUCGAUGGUUGCUUCAGCUCCUGCAGUAGCAACUAAAAAUCUAUCGUCUCCAUCAAGUGUAGCAGCAACCGCAACCACCACCACAGCAAUAGCAGCAGUAACGGCGGUGUCUACCGCAUCAGUCACCAGAACAGUAGCGCCUGCGGUACCAAAACGGCAUCUGCGUAGUAUAGCAGAGGAGUCGCACGACGAAUAUCAGUCCAUUUUAAAAGAUGAGGUGGCCGAGGAACUUGUUGCCACGAUUGUAUCCACGGAACUUGCAACUGCUGCCUCCAACAUCGCGAUGACUGCAUCUGCCGAGGGCACGGUCCCAGCAACAGAACACAUGGACCGUGAAUUCUUGGGGCCUCGAUCAGAAUAUAGUGGUGUAAAGCUCGCCCACGAGAACGAGAGUAACAGCAGUGUUGGUGGCUGCAAGGGUCUUUCAGGUGUAAGCACAAAGGUGUCGAUAACAGCACCACCAGGAGGAGUAGCAACGACAGCAGCAACAGCGGCAGCAGCAGUUGCAGCAGCAGCAACAACAGCAACAAAUGGCCAACUUCGUCCCAACGUGAACCCCGACUCUAAGAAAAAGAGGCCAAUCAGCACCAUAGUUGAACCGGAAGAGUUGAAGAAAUUCAAAGUGUGUGAAAAGGGCCAGGAAUACGAGUGGGAAGAUCUUGACGCAGAAGAUAUUAACGAUCCAUUCAUGGUGAGUGAAUACGUGAAUGAUAUAUUUGAGUAUCUACACAAACUAGAGAUAAUGACCCUUCCGAACAGACAUGAUCUAUUCAAACACGCAAAUAUUCAACAAAACCGUGACAUUUUGGUAAAUUGGAUGGUCAAAAUUCACAACAAAUUCGGUUUAUUGCCCGAAACUUUAUACCUGGCCUUAAACAUCAUGGACAGGUUUCUCGGCAAGGAAUUAGUACAGUUGGAGAAACUUCAGUUGGUAGGCACUGCAUGCUUAUUUAUUGCAUCAAAAUACGAAGAAGUUUAUAGCCCGAGCGUUAAACAUUUUGCUUACGAAACGGACGGUGCAUGCGAUGAAGAUGAAAUUAAAGAAGGUGAAAAGUUUAUUUUAAAGACUCUCAAGUUCAACUUAAACUAUCCAAACCCUAUGAAUUUUUUGAGAAGAAUCUCAAAGGCAGACGAUUAUGACAUCCAGUCAAGAACAUUAGCUAAAUAUCUAUUAGAAAUAUCUGUGGUUGAUUUCAAGUUUAUCGGUAUACUACCGUCUUUAUGCGCUGCUGCUUCCAUGUUCCUAUCGAGAAAAAUGUUGGGAAAAGGCAAGUGGGAUGGCAAUUUAAUCCAUUACAGCGGAGGCUACUCGCCAACUGAAUUAUCCUCCGUCUGCAAUAUGUUAAUGGAUUAUUUAGUACAACCAGUUGUCCAUGAUGAAUUAUUUAAGAAAUAUGCAAGCAGACGUUUCAUGAAGGCUUCAGUAAUUUCAAGACAGUGGGCAAAGAAAGUUAUGACUCGAAGUUAUGACAUUAUGACAUUGCAUGAAACCUCAGAGUGA